UUGACAUAUCAAUUGACGUGGAGUUGUUAGAGAGUGGUAUUAUGUCUAUCUAAUUUUUAAAUAUUUUCGACUCCUACGAGUCUUUUAGUGUACAAAAUAUCAUAAUUUAUAUUAAUUUAUGUUUAGUUGUUAAAUGAAGAGAUAAAAUUAUUAAUAAAUUAAUUUUUUGUCAAUAAUAAGGAAAAUUAUAUAGAUUUUAUAAUAAACAAUAAGGAUGGCCAGUCCCCGAACACGUCGGAUUCUGGGCGAUCUUAAGCCUAAUAAUGAAAAUAAUAAAUGUUUCGAAUGUGGUGCUCACAACCCACAAUGGGUUUCUGUUACUUAUGGAAUAUGGAUCUGUCUGGAAUGCUCCGGUAAACACAGAGGGCUUGGAGUUCAUCUUUCAUUCGUGAGAUCUGUUACUAUGGAUAAAUGGAAAGAUACCGAAUUAGAAAAAAUGAAAAUAGGUGGUAACAAAAACGCGCGAGAAUUUUUUGAUUCUCAAUCUGACUGGGAUGAAACAUUGCCCAUUUCAAAAAAAUAUAAUACUAAGGCAGCUGCAUUGUAUAGAGAUAAGAUUGCAACACUUGCUAGAGGAGAGCCAUGGAGUAUUUCUACAGCCAAUAUUAAAGAUUUUAUUCCAUUCGAAUCUGAAAGUCAAUCUCAAAAUUACAACUUUUAUCAACAAGAUCAAUCGUAUCAAAAUUUUGAUCAUACAUCAAUAAAAGCACAAAAAGAUACAUUUUUUGCAAGAAUACAAAAUGAAAAUGCCAAUAGACCAGACAAUUUACCACCUAACCAAGGUGGAAAGUAUGGUGGAUUUGGAUAUCAAAUGGAUCCUUUACCCAAGAGUACUUCUCAAGAAUUUUUUGACACUGCCGUAUCUUCUUUAGCAAAUGGAUGGUCGAUUUUUUCAUCUUCAGCAUCAAAGAUAGCUUGUAAAGCAACGGAAAAUGCUAUUAAAAUUGGUGGUAUCGCUUCACAGAAGGUUCGAGAUGGUACUUUAUUAGAGGAUGUUAGUGCUCAAGUCAAUAGUUUAGCUUCUAAGGUUAGUGAUUUGGGCAAACGAGGAUGGAGUGACAUUUCAACAUUAAAUUCAUCGAUGCAAUCUUCAUAUCAAUCAAGUAAUCAAUAUCAAACGUCGUCUGGUUCUUAUCAAGAAGGAUAUCAAUCUUCUGAUUACAAUGAAGAGUCUUCAUUUGCUUCUAAUUCAAAUAUUAGAAGUAAAUCAUCAUCAAAUAUUGCAAGUCAAGAUUGGAGUACUGAAAGCUUUAAAAAAUCGGAAAGUUUCUCUGAAAAUAAAUCAGCUUCUUCAAGAAGAAAAGAAAAAAAAUCGAAAGAACCAUCUCUAAUUGAUUUUGAUACAAAAGUCGAACCGAGUAGCUUAAAAUCAACAUCGAAAGCUGAAGAUGAUGCGUGGGAAACACUAAAAGAUUAAUGCAAACUUGAAAAUGAAUUAUAAAUAAGUAUAUAAAUGAAAUUUUAAUACAUGAAUAUAAAGAUAUCAUAAUGAUCUACUUUAUGUCAUUAUAAAUAAAAUAUUUGAGAGAUAAGUUUAA